UGACCUCUCGCAAGCCAUUCUGCAGACGACACGGGAGGCCGAACAUACCUGAUCGGAAGAAAGGGAGGAGGAUCAACUCCGAAGCUAUCGGGGCCUUCCUCUGGAGGACUCCGAAGAUCGCUGGUGGGGAUCAUCCAUCAGCGCUCAGCGCUCAGCGCUGUCUGUCAUCCCACUCCAACGCUAGCCUCAGCCCGAACAGGGGCCAAGCACAGCAUGCGCGCGACUGCGGCACUGUGAUCACAGACCGCAUGCCCGUCUGAGAGCGGCGCACCCAGAGCGCACAGCUGAAAAGCCGACGCGCGAGGGGUGCGCUCAAACCCCCCCUCUGAAUCGCCCCCACCCCUCGGCACCUCACAAAGCUAUGUCGACCCCCACGCACCCCGUCGAGCUCCUCAUCCUCGACGUCAAAGACGGCAUCGACGCGGCCGCGCUCGAGUUCACCAAGUUCCGCGCAGAGAUGGCGCUCACCGUGGGCGCGGACGACGGCGCGGUCCGCCAGGCGUACGGCUUCGUCGUGGGCAACCCGCGCCAGCUCUACUGGCUCCGCCAGUUCCGCGAGGGCUCGCUGCCGACCCUCCCCGCGGCCUUCCCCGCGUCGCUCGACGACCUCCGCGCGCCCGACUCGCAGCGCGCGGUGCACACGUUCCGCUUCAGGGAGCUCCCCGACGAGGUCCUCUCCGCGCCCGUCAUCGAGGCCUCGACGAUCACGCUGAAGGAGACCGUGGACGCGGACGCGUUCGCGGCGUCCCAGGCCACGCUCACCGCCGAGAUGCGCGCGUCGCCCGUCUUCCGCGGCAUGGCGCGCACCGUCCCCGAGGACCGCGUCACGCUCACGCUCAUCGGGUGGCAGUCCAUCGAGGGCCACUACGCCUGGGCGGAGGCGAACAUGGGCACCUCGCUGGUCCAACUGAUCCAGUCGCUGGAGAAGAGCAGCCACGUGCACGUCUCGUUUACCAUCGUGUAGACCAGCGACGGAUCGGGAGUGGUGUUCGACGACAUGUGUCAUAGCCUGAAGAUAGUACUUACCGAGACUCGACCGUCUGAAUCUGAGGACUGCACACAUCGAUCGGGGCAAGGAUGAACAUGGGGAGAACAGACACAGCAGGCGUAGUCUCAUACCAAGACCCUCCACACGGCGCUAGCAUGUGAGGGGGUUGUGUCGAACCUAACAGCAGAGCACGAACAUCGUCACGUUCUUACGACCGCGGCUGCGGCUGCGGCAUACGAGGAUACGCCCACCCAUCCGAGACCGCAGGUGGAUCUACACACACGCACACUCACCGUCAGCGAACGCACGCAACCCAUCCGCAGACAAGCACGAAGCAGCGGGAGACGUACAC